AUGUCUACAGAGUGCACAAAUUGUCACGACUCUAUAAUUCAUGAUGAAGAUUCAAUUGUUUGCUCCACGUGUACUGGCGUCUUUCACUUUUUCUGUGCUGGUUAUAAUGAAAAUGCUUUUAAAAAACUUUCAAAUAAUUCUAAAAUGAGAUUUGUCUGCAAUAAGUGUAAAACAAUUGGUUCUGGUAAUAAAUCUAAGCUACCUGACAAAAUAAAUGAUGAAAAUGUUAUAUCGAAAAAAAAAUUUGAAGAAUUAAUUACUUCGGUAAACUUCAUGGGUAAUCAAUUUGACGAUUUUAGUAACAAAAUGGACACUAUUUUGAAAGAACUCAAAGACUUAAAACUUGAAAAUUCUAAAAUAUUAUCAGAAAAUAAAUUACUUAAAGAUGAAAUCAGUAUAAUAAAUCAAAAAAUUGAUGAAUUGGAACAAAAAAGCAUUGGAAAUGCAAUUGAGCUCAAAGGCAUCCCAAAAACUGUAAAUGAAAAUUGUUGUGACAUCGUUCAAGUUAUCGCUAAAAAAUCCAAUUCUAAUAUAACGCUAAAAUCUGCCUACCGAAUUCAUUCGUCUGAUAAUAAAACAAACAUCAUAGUUGCUGAACUUGAAACUUCUGAUAUGAGGAAAGAUUUUCUUAGUAAAGUAAAAUCAUUGAGAUUGAAUGCAAAUAUGAUUCAUAAUAGCUGGUCAACGGACUCAAAAAUCUAUGUAAAUGAAAGGCUCACCAAGAAUAGAAGAACAUUGUUUUCAAAAACCAGACUGGCUUGCAAGGAAAAACGGUACAAAUAUGUUUGGGUUAAUAACGCGGAAAUACUGGUUAAAAAGGAUGAUGGUGAGAAAACUCUAAGAAUCAAGUCUGACAAGGAUAUAAAUAAGUUGUAA